GCCAUUUUUGAAAGUUUUAAUUUUUCUUCAAAUGAAAAAGUUUUUUGUCCAUUUAGAAUCAAAUUCGAUUUCGAUCGGAAAUUUUUCCAGAAAUUCUGCAUGCGUGUGUAUGUGAAAUUGUACCCAAUCAUGUGUGAUAUUGAUUGGCUUUUAGACAUUUAUGUUUUGUUUUGGAAAAGUUAAUUAAAUCUUGAAAACUUGAAUAAAAAGAUAAAUGUGAUAGUUAUUAUUAUUAUCAUUAUAUAAUCUUCUUCAUCAUCAUCAUCAUCAUCAUCGAGAAUUGCCAUCUUUUCAGUAAUAAACUACAUGGAUUUAUGAUAACUUUAAACAGCCUGUUCUCACGAUAAUGAUAAUGAUAUAGAAACAAGAGGCCUUUUAUCGAUCCUGCUCUUCAUUUGCCUUGGUUUUUCCUUUUUGUUCAUUUGUUAAAUUGUGCCUUUGUAUAACGUAUGUGUGAUGUCCAUAUUAUGUUUGUAUGUUGAAGCUAACAUAGAAACACAGACACAUGUGUUUGAUUGAUUGCCAAUGAACGAUCAAAGGAUAUGAAACCCAUUUAUAUGUUACGUGUGUAUGAGCGAAUUUCAUUGGACAUAUGAUGUAUUGUCAAUGAUUAAUGCAUAUCCUCGAUCUCAUUCGAAUAUAUUGUCGUUGAGAUAUCCUAAUUCGAUACAAAAUAUCCCAAUUAUAUUGUUUAAUAAUAAAUAUCAUAUAUUAUCAAAUCCUAUCUCAGUCUUUCACCAUCAACGUUUUUUCUGAAUUUCUAAAAAUAACUUCAACUUAUGUGAUGCUCACGGUGACGAAAUAAAAAUUGCAUAUUCUUUUUUUUGUUAAAUCAACAUCUACAUAUUCAAUGAUUAAAUUUUUUAGACGAAAUAAAAAACCGAAUCUGUGAUCACUAAAAAUCAUAAUGAAUUUUGAUUUGAAAAUUCUCAAUGACCGAACACCAAAAACCGGUGAUAAUGGCAAUGUCAAUAAUCAACAACGAUCACAACAACAACCAAAUGGAAACGAAAUUGAUCUCGAUAGAAUUGUUCGUCAAUUUGAUGAACGUGCAAGCAUCUAUGAAGAUGCGAUUGCACUUUCAAAUUUUACAAAUACACCGAAUGAAUUAGCUACCAUCGGUGAAAAUUAUUCACCAUAUUGUGCAACCGACUUGAAACGUGUUGAUUUUGUUCUUGUUUAUCAAAAAUCUACUAAUGAUGAUGCUAAUCCACUGAAUCAUGAAAUGAUACGGCGAAAAUUCGAGGCAAAUCUGCUGAGUGAAGGAUUAGCAUUGAAACAUGUUCCAAGUUCGGUGGGAAAUAAUGUAAAUUAUGUUCACAUUUAUGCACCAUAUAAUGUAUUGGCUAGAUAUGCCGAAGUGAUGGCCCUCCGAAUGCCAAUGAAAACCAUAAAAACAAGUCUCAAAUAUUUAUUCGGUGAAGAAUUCGAACAGGAUCGAGUGUUUACAACAGUUUUCACGAAAGAAAAAGAAUAUCUAUUCAAUAUACCUGAGCAUGAUAAAGAUGAAUUUUUCACUCCCUCACAACGUGGUGAAAUUAUUGAUUAUAUUCUGAAACGAACACGUUUCAAAGAUAGUAAUGAUUUUUUCUCAAUCGGUAUCCAUAAAUUACUAUCCGAUCAUGUUUACCAAGCUGCUUAUCCAUUACAUGAUGCCAGUAAACAAUGUGAAAACCAAAACGAUUGUCGUUCUAUCCGCUGUUAUUUAUUAGCAAAUUGGGCAUCGUUAUUCUGUAUUCUUAAACACCAACAAGUGGACAAAAUCGUCGAUUAUUUUGGAGUAAAAAUUGCCAUGUAUUAUGCUUGGGUUGGUUUCUAUACGUUAAUGUUGAUACCGGCCGUUGGAAUUGGUUUGUUAACAUUCUUCUAUGGUAUAUUAACAUUGUCCAGUGAUCAACCAACCAACGAUGUAUGUCAUAAAAAUUUCACUGCACCAAUGUGUCCGAUUUGUGCCAAAAACUGUGAUUUCGUUGAUAUAUCCGAAAGUUGUAUGCCGGCUAAAGCGUCGUAUUUAAUGGGUAAUUUUACAACUGUCAUAUUUGCCAUAUUCAUUUCGAUAUGGUCGACCAUCUAUCUGGAAAUGUGGAAAAGAUAUUCAUCAAAAAUUUGUUUCCAAUGGGAUUUAUCCGAUUUCAGCACUAUUGAUGAGCCGCCGAGAACAGAAUAUAUGGCAUAUUUAUCUAAACAAAAAUCGACAAAAACUCGAAUAAAUCCAGUGACACGUGUGGAAGAACCGUAUAUAUCGUUUGUUCGUGGGCGAUUACCAUAUUUCAUCAUGUCAUUUUCAUUUGUCUUGUUAAGUGUUGCGGUCGUAUUGUUGAUUAUGGUAUCGAUUAUUGUUUAUCGUGUUUCCACCUAUAUUGCUCUAAGCACUCAACAUCAAUAUGAAUCAGAAUUUUUGCGACAAAAUAUCGAAUGGAUUGUAACAUCAACGGCUGCAACAAUAAACUUGAUUUUGAUUAUGAUUUUAAGCAUAGUUUAUAAACGUCUUGCUAAAUGGCUAACCGAGAUGGAAUUACCACGAACACAGAAUGAAUUCGAUAAUUCACUCACAUUGAAAAUGUAUCUUUUUGAGUUUGUCAACUAUUAUUCAUCAUUAUUCUACAUAGCAUUUUUCAAGGGAACAUUGGCCAAAACUCCACCGGAUGGUAGCCUACAAACAGACAAGAUUAACAAACUCAUCGAACCAUGUCCGAUCGGUGGCUGUUAUUUCGAUCUAACGAUACAGCUAGUCAUUAUUUUAUUGGGAAAAAACCUCUUUAGUUCUAUGCUCGAAUAUCUAAUACCCUAUCUAUAUGGUGUUUACAAUCGUUAUGUAUAUUUUUCCGGUGAAAAAAAAUCCAAAUCAUCAAAUAAUCCAAGCCAUAAACUGGAACAAUAUGAGGAAGACUAUUUGCUCGAAUCUUGGGAUCAUUCAGUCUUGUUCUACGAAUAUCUUGAAUUAGUAUUACAAUUUGGCUUUAUAACGCUAUUUGUCAGUGCAUUCCCGUUGGCACCAUUUUUUGCACUUUUAAAUAACAUUUUCGAAAUACGUUUCGAUGCCCGUAAAAUGUUGAAAAAUUAUAAACGUCCAGUAGCUCAAAGGGUAAAAGAUAUUGGUGUCUGGUAUACAAUAUUGGAUGCAUUGGGUAAAUUAUCCGUAUUCACCAAUGCCGUCAUCAUUGCUUUCAACACGGAUAUUAUACCCCGUAUGAUGUACUAUUAUACGAAUGGAAAUCUAAAGAAUUUCUAUGCAUCAACAUUAUCGAAUUAUGUCAUCAAUUCAGAUGAUGAAGUUCCCGAUUCUGACAUUAAAAAUUGUUUCUAUUAUGGUUAUCGAGAAAAUGAUGGUAGUUACAGUGAACAACAUUGGUAUGUAAUCAUCGCGAAAAUUGUUUUUGUCAUCGUCUUUCAGAAUGUAGUGACGGCCAUAAAUUCAUUCUUAAAAGUGGUCAUUCCUGAUGAACCGGGAUCGCUACGUCUACGCAAACGACAACAUGCAUUCAUAACAAAUGAAUUGAUCAUACGACAUGAACUGCAAUCACAUCAACAAAAUUUUCAGGAACCAAAUCUGAAUUAAUUACAUUUUAUAAUGAAAAUAACUGUCAUUUAUUGAUCAUUUUACGUCGUCGCAUCCGCCGCCAAUAUUUAAUAUGCAACCAGCGGCCAAUGAUGUUGGCAAUAAUUAGCAAAAUCGUCAACAAGAGGAAUAGUGAUGCCAAUUUUGUUGCUGAUGCAUUUUGUAUCAAUUCAUAUGCAUGUUUUUGAAAUACAACACCAACAAAUAUUACCCAGAACAUAUAUGUUGAACCAAUCACAAUUGUAAUCAUCAACGAAGGAAACCACUUGGGUAAUUGAUGUUCCACUAUCAUACAUUCAAUCAAUAUGGCCGGUAAGAUUGCCGUGUGCUGUAUAUUAUUAUGUUGAACAAAAUACUCAUUAAUUGUUAACCAAAAUAUUACAAGCAAUCAUUACCGAUAUUUGAUUAUGCCAUUCAGGCCAUCGUUCUUCGGGUGGACCACGAAUAAGAUUUUCAUCAAAAAUUAUGCAUAUUGCCCAAAAACCAAUGGAAACACACUGUGUUAAUAAUGUGCGAUUUUAUUCGAUUUUAUUUAUUUUUAUUUUUUCCCGAUCCAAUCCAAGUCAAUAAAAGAACAAAAAAUCA